AUGCGGCGGCAGGAUCCGCUCUUAAAUGAUGGCGUGGGCGACGGCGAUUUGUAUACGUUGACACCGGAGAAUUGCUCGCGGGAUGGCAGGGGGGAAAGAGUCGCAACAGUGUCACCCAUUGAGCGGCAGCACGCCAAAGAUCCACACGCUGCCGAGGAGGGCCUGAUUUCCGCAGGCCGCAGUCCGCAGCGCAAAGCGCAUCAAGCUCGAGAUGGACUAAACGUGCCUGCCCUUGGACCUUUCUGCCGUCAAAAACCGUCCAGUAAGGGGUCUCAAGGCAGUGCUUCUGAGGAGGAUGGGGCACGGAAGGAAGGAAUUUGUUCAGGUGCGCAAGUUAUGUCCUCGCGGCAAGCAUCAGCCCAGGAUGAGAAUCCGAAACAUGUCUGCGUGUUCUCUGCAUCAGAGCAUGACAGCGAUUCAUCCGAUGUGUCCAGUCUGGGCAAUUUUGAUGAUGAAGUCAAAAGCACGACUCAGUAUUCACUGGGCAUGAAGCUAGAAAGAUGGCGACGAAAACAGCUCAGAAAAGAGGAACAGAAGCACAGAGCAGAAGUCGAAAGAGAACAAAAAAGGCACAGAACGGAGGUUUUCCAAAUACAUGCUCAGUACCAGGAAAUGCAAAGGCGCUUCGCGGCAAGCCGUGAUGUUCUAAAGCAAUCUCAAUGCCGUCAGAAGCCAGCCAAGGCAUCAGCUGUGGAAGAGCCCCGAAAAAACUACAUUGAUCUGACACAAUGCAUUUCGUCUGACGAAGACAAAAUCGAAAAGGUUACUGCUCCACACAACUGUACCUUAGAUGCUCAGGGUUCGCACGAGAAUAGCACAAGCUUUAUUAAGUUGAACGCCCCUGCACCGUGCAUGCGGAGCACUCCAUCCUGGUUCUCGGAUCACUCCCCUGUUGCUGCUCAGUCUCCGAAUCGCUCUGCUUCCGGUGUGCUUGCUGAGAAUGGGGAAUCCAAGGGCGGCAUGUUCUCAAGUUCAGAUGAAGAGGUCAUGGACUACCCCCCUACUGCUACUCAGUCCCUGAAUCGCGCUGCGUCCGAUGUGCUUGCAGAGAAUGGGGAAUCCAACGGAGGGAUGUUCUCAAGUUCAGAUGAAGAGAUCACGGACCACCCCCGUGUUGCUACUCAGUCCCUGAAUCGCGCUGCUUCCGAUGUGCUUGCUGACGAUGGGGAAUCCAACGGAGGGAACAUGUCAAGUUCAGAUGAAGAGAGCACGGACCACCCCCGUGCUGCUACUCAGUCCCUGAAUCGCGCUGCGUCCGAUGUGCUUGCAGAGAAUGGGGAAUCCAACGGAGGAAUGUUCUCAAGCUCAGAUGAAGAGGUCAUGGAUCUCACUUGUGCUAAAGAUAGCCCUCUAGCUUUGCUUGAGGAUGAGGACACACGCCAAAGCUGUGGUGGAAACACCCAAAAAAACAUGGCGCGUCGCAUUGCUGGCUCGCAGACCACCCUUGGAAGGGACAAGCCCUGUGACGGAGGGGACGCACGGACGAAGUCUAGAUUGAAAAAGCCAAAAACGGUUUCCCGCGCGGAUAUACUCGCUGCCAUUCGCAGGGACGUGGCGCUCUACGAUGACAUUCUGUCCAUGUGCACGGUUGAGUUUGAGAGAAUUUUCGCCAGCUUGACGUCCUCCAAACUGAGAGUGUCCAAACAAGGUCUCACGAGUUUCUUGCGGGAAGAGGGGGUUGCUUUCAAGUGUGAACGCCUCACGGACAGGAGCCGCGGGAUGUCCAAGAAGUAUUUCAGGCGCCAGGCUGCCGCGGGUUUGUCCGAUUAGACGUAGCUAGCGGUGUGGUAGGAGGCUGACGGAUAACCUUCCUUUGCAGUGGUGCGUGGCACCACAAGCUGUCGAUUUCGAGAAAGCGAUCUACUUGUCACUCCCAUUGCGAUGGUGCAUCCAUCACGGCCCCCAAGCAAGCCAUAAUCAAUGUGGGCCACGAUCAUUUACCGUUCUGCGAAGUGCAGAGAUAUAGCGUACAGUUAAGAGAUAGAAAUCCGAACGUCUCAAACACUGCAGGUCCACUUGCAGGAGCGAAAACCGCAGUUUUGCACUGCCCCUCCCAAGAGCACCGCCUGCCUCAUCGUGACGCACAUAUUGUACCGAGUACAGUGCGCUGCGUGCUCUUUGCGUUGUCGACCAACUACUGGACGAUCCAGUCUCAGGACGUAGCAAGUACCAUUAGAGCUGCUCGCCUUGUAGCACUGGACGUACUUUAAAGGACAUGGAAAUUGCUCCCUGAUAACAACAAUACAGUAAUGGGUUUUAAUGACAGAAGGCACAAGAUUUUCCGCAGAUUCAGUACUUCUGUACCUUGCACUCGCUCAUGAACACACCUGCCGAGACUGACGAAAAACGCAAAAAAAAACAAUCUCCGGACAGUUGAAAUGGGCAGCCACGUUUUCCUCGGUCUAGCUAGAGCACCGGCUCGAACCCUGUCAGCGAAAAGUUGACAAACUCACUAAUCGUAUAUGCGACUUUACGAGGGCUCUGACAGGGAACCGCUCAUCAAUAAAUAGUACAGGCUUAUACGUAGGCGAGAUUCGGAAAA